AUGAACUUGUUUUCGACACAGUCUCUGAGCCUACCACGUGAUGGUUAUAUGUCCUCUGCGAAGGACAUUAUGGGUAGUUGGAGUUAUGUGAUGGUGUUUGCGGUUGUUCUACUCCUCUGGUUCUCUUCGACCAUAUAUACCGUGUUUUUCCAUCCUCUCAGCAGUGUCCCAGGGCCAUGGCUGGCCCGUUUCAGCGAGGCCUGGAGAUCCCACAAGUACUUCCGAGGGACAUGGCACCAAGAUGUCGUCCUGUUGCACCGGAAGUACGGGAAAGUCGUCCGAAUUGCCCCAAACGAGUUGAGCAUUAGCAAAUGGUACGACACUUGGACCGUUCCCAACAUGAGUAUGAGUUUCUUCGCCGUCAGGGACAUCAAGACUCAUCGGCAUCUGAGGUCUCGCGUCUCGUCCGGGUACUCCAUGACGGCCAUUCAAUUCAUGGAGCCCUUGAUACAAGAUGUUGCAAACUCCAUGUGGCAGAGAAUGGGAGAGUUUGCCGAUAGGAAUGUUCCGGUUCGCAUGGACGAGUGGGCAAACUACUUCGCCUUUGACGUGGUUGGCAGCCUAGCUUUGGGAGGCCCUAUCGGUUUCAUAGAGAAGGGAAAGGAUGUUGACGGCAUCAUCCGGUCAAUCCACGACGGCUUCUGGCUCAUGGCAAACAUGGGCAACAUGUCACUUCAAAUGACGUGGUUCAACAACCGCAUAGCGCAGUGGGCCCUUAGGUCGUUUGGCGGCGAACGACUCCAGGCUUUCUCCAAAUUUGUGGACUGGCUCGAAGUCCGCGUUGACGAGCGCUACCGCGAUGGCCUCGGUUCUCAACGGCGAGACAUGUUGCAGCUCUUCAUCGACGCCAAGGACAUGACAGGGCAGCCGGUUACGAAAGGCGAUGUGAUGAUGGAAGGUGUCAAUAUCCUGGGUGCUGGAGCAGAUACGACGACCAUUGGCAUUCUUUCCGCGCUGGGCUCGCUUCUUCUUCAUCCCGAAGCGAUCGUUCGGCUCCAGGCAGAGAUCGAUGAAGCGUAUUGCUCUCUGGGACUUGAGAAGACAGGGCGAGACAUCGAGUUCUUAGAGUCGUCUAAACUGCCGUUCCUAUCUGCCGUCAUCAAAGAGAGUACGAGACUGCACCCUUCCAUUCAGUAUCAACUUCCCCGCAUGGUUGGUCCCGGAGGCUUGCAACUAGAUGAAGUGGUAGUGCCGGAAGGCACGGUCUGUGGCAUAAGUCCCGCUUCGAUGAACAGGUCGAUGGAAAUAUUUGGCCCAGACGCCGAUGAGUGGAAGCCUGAGAGAUGGAUUGCGACUGAUGCAAACCAUGAAGAAAAGAUCAAGUAUUGGAACUCCCAUUUAACAACGUUCGGCAUGGGAAGCAGAAGCUGCGUAGGGAAGAACUUGGCCACGGUUGAAAUGCACAAUUUCAUAGCGCAGUUCUUUCGUAGGUUUGAUGCUUCUUUAGUGGAUCUGGACCGCCCCUGGCAAACAAAGACGCAAUGGUUUGCUUUUCAGAGGAACUUCUGGGUACGCGUACAGCGUAGACAUUGA